AUUCCAGUCAAUACUCAAUUAGAGUUGUAUUAAAGGCUACGCUGCGGCGAAAGUAUUCCACGUACCCAUACCCAAUGAAUAAAUUUCGGCGAUGCCUUGGAACUCGAGUGUUACAAAUUCGACUUACCUGAAAAGGGAAUUGCUCAUCAGACUCAAUGACGCGUUCAGCGAAAACUCCUCGAUGAGCGAGGUCAGGUUCUUGUUCUGCGUAGGCCCACCAGACUCAAGGUCGCCGAUUCUCCAUACGGCAGUCAUUGCAGAAAAGUCCGCGGCCAUUCCCAAGAUUGUUUGAUCAAGGCUUGUAUUCCAAUUCCAUUGAUGGUUCCCAUCGGUAUAGAACCUAGCCAUCACAACGCCGAUAAGGAAGUCCAUGAGCAGACGGCCAAACGCGUUG